GAAAACACACAGUAGUACCACACUCAUCCGCAAAUGACUGGCUCAGAAAGAGGAGCUUUUGCAGCGUACCUACCGUCUUCUCAUCUUCUCCAAUCCAGCGGGCCAGCUUGCAGCCUCGCAGUCUGAGUCGCCGGCGCCAGCUGCGACAUGGCCGUCCUUGCUCUCAUGCUGCUCGCAGCUACUACCCCCGGUUUCUCGGCUCCUGUUUCUGGUACUAGGCAGCACAGAGUCGCCGGUUGUGGCCGGUUCUCCUUCUCUUCGUCUUCAUGCCACGCGGCUGGGGGACCCAUCAUUGUUGCCGGAGACCCUCCCACCUUCGUCUCUGCGCCAGGCCGCCGCAUUGUCGCCGUCGGCGACCUCCACGGUGAUCUCUACCAAACAAGAGCUGCGCUGGUGAUGGCCGGUGUCCUGAGCCCAGAAUCAGAUUGUCAUUUGUGGACAGGCGGGCAGACGGUGCUAGUUCAAGUUGGGGAUAUCCUUGACCGCGGCGAAGAUGAAAUUGCAAUACUAUCCCUAUUAAGCUCGCUGAAUAUGCAAGCAAAAUCUCAAGGCGGUGCUGUGUUUCAGGUUAACGGAAAUCAUGAAACCAUGAAUGUGGAAGGCGAUUUUCGUUAUGUGGAUCCAGGAUCAUUUGAUGAGUGUAUGCGCUACCUGGAAUACUUGGACGGCUUUGAUGGCAACUGGGAUGAUGCUUUCCUCAACUGGGUUAAUGUUUCUGAAAGAUGGAAGGAAGAAUAUCGAGUGUUGCCUAAUGGUGACUGGCUUCCUUUGAACUUUGUAAAGAAACAGAAAGGUUUUGCUGCCAGAGCAUCACUUCUUAAGCAAGGUGGCCCAUUAGCUUGCGAGUUGGCACGACACCCUGUUGUCCUUGUUGUCAAUGACUGGAUAUUUUGCCACGGUGGCCUUCUUCCUCAUCAUGUUGAAUACGGGCUCGAGCGUAUAAAUAAAGAUGUAUCGAACUGGAUGCAAGGUUCAACUGAAGGCAGUGAUGGUCCAGAUCUCCCCUUCAUAGCUACCAGAGGUUAUGACAGUGUAGUAUGGACACGUUUCUACUCUCAAGAUUCAGUCGAGAGGACGCUGCGUGCUUGGAAUCUUUCUUCUCUUGUUGCUGAACAAACGCUGAAAUCUGUUGGAGCUAAAGGGAUGGUUGUAGGGCACACUCCCCAGACUCGUGGAGUGAAUUGCAAAUGUGAUGGUAAAGUUUGGUGUGUUGAUGUGGGCAUGUCUUAUGGUGUUCUGCAUUCGAGGCCAGAGGUCCUUGAAAUAAUCAAUGACAGAGCAAGAGUUAUAAAGGACCGGAGGGGCCCAUAUGAUGAGAUGGAAGUGUUGGACUAUUUAUGAAACCUUGAGAAAAUUAUGUAGAUAAUAGCGAGAACAAAUCCUGGAAACAUACUAUAUAUGACAAUUUUUGGUGGACACAUGAGGAAGAAAAUGUUAGUUCAGUUACACAUCAACAUGUACCAACCGGCCUCUCCACCCGGUUAGUACAGCCUCCGUUGGUAAAAUUGCACAGCUCAUUUAACUUGAGAGAAAUUUCUGAUGUGGGCGGAGCUGGAGCUCAAGUCACCCGGAUGCAUCACUUCCAUAUAACAUAAAUUUUUCAAGCAACGCUAUGAAAUAGACGUGUGUUUCAUUGGUCAAUAAUAUUGUUUGACGAAAAAAUGUUUUGGUUGCAAAUGUUUUGUCAAAUGUUCCUCUUAAUAUUGGCUUGAGACGUAUUUUGACAGGGAAUAAAUGGAUAUCAUGGUUACAUUUAGUACGCCUCUGUACCGAUUAGACUCUUUUACCUAGAAACUAACUACCAAUGGGGUAUUCUCGGUUAAA